AUGAUGGCAUCAAGAACAAAUACAGUAUAUCAAAAUGAUCCUUGUUCUGAUGAUUCAUUGGAUUGGAGUAGUGAUUCAAACUCAAAAAGUGGAAAGAAAUCGAUAGCAAAAAAAGCAUUUGGAAUUGUGCUUCAAAAGUUUGAUUUGACAUCUAAUCCCUUCAUUCUAGCCAAUAAUCCUAUCAAAAAACCAAAAAGAGCUGGAAGAAAACCACUUGAGGCAGACGAUGUACUAUCUUCCGAUCCCAAACUAAAAAGAAAAGCACAAAAUCGUGCGGCACAGAGAGCUUUUCGUGAACGCAAAGAGCAGUUUGUGAAUGAAUUACAGGAACAAAUGCGUCAAUUAAAAGAAGAGAAAGAGAAGCGAGAAAAAGAACUGUCAAGGGAAAAUGCUCGACUUCGACGAGAGAACGAAAAAUUAAAAGAAGAAAACUACUUGCUUCGAGAUUCUUUUCAUCUUUCAAUGGACAACAAACACAAACGAACUGGCUCUUCAGCAGACAAUCAUUCUCUUUUUUCUGAUACAGGAGGUGAAUUAUCUGAUUAUAAAAACAAUUCAUCCAUGUCCAAUUCAAUAUCUUCUACGCCAGUAAUGCAACAUCAACCCACUACAGAACCAGAAUUCAGCUAUACUCAACAUGAAUCUGACUUGUUUUAUAGUAAAGACAACUUGCUUUUAACAAAUCAUGAUUUACUCUUGCCCGGUACACAGAGUAACCCAAUACCCGAGCUAUUUGGCUCUGAGAUUGAUCUGUUCAAUGGACAGGGUCAAUCGACUCGGUUUGAUGAACUCGACCCUUACUUUUCAGAACAAAUACAGUCUCCUGAAGAAAAUGAUGGUUUAUUGCGAUGUGCACCUGAAAUCCAAAAACCAUGUAAAGAGAAAAUCCUUUCUAUUCUGUUCAGAGCUAAGGGAGCAAACCGAAUUGGAUAUCAAGUCACUCAGGAUGUCAAAGACUAUUGCCCUCAAUUUGAUGUUGACCAGUUAUGCGAAGAACUAAAACAAAAGACUAUUAUAGAUACAAACUACAGGUUAUCAGAUGCUGAUUUAGAUCUCUAUAUAAAGUGCAUCCAUAAAAAUACCUAA